AUGACACCCACGCAGAUGACCGACAGCCGCAGCCCCGAAGUCAACGGCGACAUGACCACGAUCUGGAUCCCCCUGACGACGGCGUACCCCUGCCACACCUCCUGCUCCUCCCUCUUCUGGCGCCUCGACAAGGAAGACUCCCCCAUCGUCGCAUGGGACCCGGGCUACGAGCUCUGGGUCGACCCCUCGGCCUCCUGCCAGCCCGCGGCCGUCUCCUCCUGGUGGCACGCCGAAGACCGCGACGAAGACAUCGUCCAGACGCGCUGGAGCCUCGGGCCGCUCGUCUGUCCCGAGGCCUACACGACCGCCACGACGAGCGACGCCGGCGCGGGCUCCACGCUUGUGGGAUGCUGUCCAAGCGGCUACGCGUUCAUCACCUUCGUGGGCCCGAAUCGCAUGGGCCAGUGCAUAUCAGAUGUCCGCCCCAACCAGGUCCUCACCUGGGCCGAGCCCGUCUCCGCCAUGAGCGGCGCCUGGGAGUACACCAGCUUCGCGCCCCAGCUGUCGACCGUCGACGGCAUGCACAUCAACGGGUGGGUCUUCAACGCCGUCGACACCGCCGCCGCGACGGGUACCCGGACCGGCGGAGACGGCCAGAGUGCAGACCAGGAGGCGGGCAGCAGCAGCAGCAGCAGCAGCAGCCGAAGCGGCUGGACGUCGACGACCAAGGUGGCCGUGGCGGUCGGCGUGCCGCUCGGGGUCCUCGCCCUGGCGGGACUGGCUCUCGCCCUGUUCUUCUAUCGCAGGAGGGGAAUGACUUCGAAGGCCAAAGCGGAAGCGACGGAUGAUCAGGUCGCGAGCCUUCCUGUACCGUCCGUGUCGCCGCUCGACACGCAGGGCCGCGCCGAGAGUAGCAGCCCGAACGAGGUCGCGAGUGUGGAGAAGCCGAUUGAAGUUCUCAGCGAGGAGAGGCGGACAGAGGUAGCUAGCGAGGAGAGGCCAACAGAGAUGGUCACGGAUGCCAUGUCGGAGAUGCCGGCGCCUCAUGCCGUUGCGGAGCUUCCAGCGAGGACGUAG